AUUGCGUAUUUUCACGUGCUCGAAUCACGGAGAUUUCGCACGAUUCCUCUGCUCGAGAAAAUUGCACUUUCGUGAAGCAAGAAAAGUGCAGCAUCUCUUUAGUUAACUUUGUGCUUUAUCAAAGUAUUUUAUUCGCGCUUCUUUUCAUUCCCUGCAGAUAUUUCUUGUCCAAUUUUUUUCUCAAAAUAUGCUAACGUUUAUCAGAAUUAAAUAAGAAUUUUCUUCGUUAUUUAUUAAUAUUCCUAAAAUUCAAUUCACGGGUAUUCUCUAAUCUUCAGCCGCUGACUAAAAUUAUUGAAGAACUUUCAGAUAAAGAGGAAUUGUAUAUCGUGUCACUCGCUAUCGUUAUCAUCAUUGGUACCAGAUCUGUUUGAGUUACGCGAGAUCUACUGCAAAGCUAUCGUAGCUUGCGCAAAAGUCGAGAGUUUUAAUUUCCGAAUUCGCAAGCAUAUUUCAUUUAUGGUAGCGUGCGCUGAACAUCACGCAGCAGAGUUUUGUAAUUUGGUUGCCGCGGUUAACAUGACGAUGGUCACGUACAGAAGGCAGCGUGAUACAUCAGGCACCGGGACAUCCGGGAUAUCGACGGGGGAAUGAUAAGUUGCGAGGGUAAAGAGAAAUUCCAACGUAAGUGGACAUCACUGACGUGUGUCAUGACUGGCGAUUUUCAUCGAAUAACGUGAGGGAUGGAGGCGAUGCGGGUCGAAGAGUGCCAUGCUGUUUAGGAACCGCGCGUCCCUUUCAGCGCUCCUGGCUAAGCAGUAAAACGAGCAAAUGGACAUUUCCGCUUCAAGCUCUGAUGAAAACGACUGCGCUCUAUUACCCGUCCACCGGCUAUCGGCGAAUGAAAAUUGCAAGUGCACGCCGUUUCUCGAACCGUUUCCCAAGAUGCAUUUAACAAGAGACACAUUUUACGUUUUACGUAUCACGUACGAGCAACCCUUAAAUAUCUAUAUAAUCUUUUUCGAUUUACCGAAAGUAACAAAAUUCCUGUGCACCGCAUGGUACAUUAAUUACUCUCGCAAAAUUACAAUAUCAAGUAUCUUGAUUAAAACGAAUUACGACAUUCAGACGAUCGAAUCGGAUUAAAUACGUCCUACUGCGUCAUGUAUGCUGCGAAUCGAUUACGUGUCGCAAUAACCAACCUCGAUUCGCAUCCCGUAAGGGGCAGUGGAACGCACACACGCGCGUAAAUCCCCACGGGCAUUAUUCGGAGGCGGCGUCGAUGCGUAAAAUACUGCUGACGCUCGGUGAUUUUCUUGUUGUACAAGUAUGUUGCGUAUCCACCCUCGAAAGGGAGUCGAUUGAUUUGCUCAAGUGCGUGGCCCUAUUCCGGGAUCUCGGCGAACGUUCCACAACAUCGAUUGGCAAGUGCCGGUCUCCUCGUUCGCGCAAGAACACCCAUAAAGCACACUCAUCAUUAUCAUACUGAAAGCUAUGCAUCGCCGAUUCAAAUACCGUUAUGGAUUAACGGCGAGAGCCGUACGCCGCGCUCGAUCGCCAAGUGGCGGUAAAGUAGAACGCCCGGAAGUCGGAAAUGCAGCUCGUAAAAGCGUACGAAUCGCGCGCCGAGCAGAGCUAUCGCGAGCACCGACAUUCCCGGCACGAACCUGCAGCGAGAGGAACAGGAGGAGGGACAAAACGAUUGUUGAUAUUCGACGACGGAAUUGAAAACUCGAGGAGAAGUAUUUGCGAUAUCGCAAAGGGAGCGACAUCUCAGAGAAAAAAAUUCACCCCGUUGCAAGGAACAUUUACUAUCUGGAAAUUUCUAUUAAAUCUUCAUACGCGGAAAUUGUGCGUUUCAGAUACUGUCAACGAUUGUCAUCAGCAAGCAGGAAAAAUGUGACAUUAGGAAAUAGUGAAUAUUUUACUCCUCCCUCCUCUCUCAUUCUUUACUCCGGUAUAACAUAAAAAAGGCUCUCUUUCCUCCCUUUCUCUCGAAGCUAAGGCACAACAUGAUAGUCGUAUAUAAAAUAUGAAAUAAAUGAUCUCACAAAAAAAGAAGGAAAACGUAAUAAAAAGAUAUUCAAAACUCGGACAUGAAUGUUUCAACAAUGUAUAUUUCUGAUCUAAAGGUAGCAAUGAGAAUAUUCCGUUUUCUACCUCCGGUCUGCAAUGCUAUUUUUCAUAUUACCGUGCAUAGGAUACGGCAAACGCUAACGUUGUCGGCUGUUAGGAAGCACCGCGAAAUUCAGCGUUCUCCAAUGUUUUACCGUUCGUGUUAUUCGCGCGACUGGAGCGUUUACUGUAUGCGAAAGUUUGUGGCAUCGCGAGAAGUAGCAAAUAUUCCCGCAAUAAUGGGAGUAUCAGGAAAUAUCUGCGAUAUUCCCGUGUCAUGAUAUACACGCGCUAACUGUUUUCGAUGGGCACGAAGUUGUAGAUUAUCGGUGGGCAUUAUCUCUCGGCGAUGCUUUUAUCUGGCAUUUCCACGAUGCUCACGCAUGAUAAGAUAAAUUCGGCGCUCUCGCGUCUCUUGGCGUGCAGGUGCAGUGUGAAUCCGGCAGUGAUUCGGGAAAAAGGCAUCGGGGUCGUUAGGAAAUAUCCGGAGGCAACAUGCAGGCGGACGACGAGUGCACUUCCGGGCCAAAGCAGCAAAGUGUUUUGUCGUCGUCGUCGUCGUCGUCAGACAAGCCGCCGCGGAGCGUGCCGGACGGAUGGCCAUUCAGGAAAGCAAAAGACUUCUUCGAGACCCAAAAGCCGAUCAAAAUCAAUCUCGAUCCGUACGCUGAAGAGUAUGACAUGAACCAUAAGAGAAGAGGAGUGGCGCUCAUACUGAACCAUGUCAAUUUCGAGAGCAUGAAUACGAGAAAGGGCUCCGUGAAGGAUUGUCUAGACCUUAAGACAUCAUUAGGCAAGCUCGGGUUCGACGUUCGAAUUUACACCGAUCCGACAGUCAAGAGCAUCACAAUGGCCUUACAGUCGACCGCUGCGGAAGACCACACGGAUGCCGACUGCCUGAUCGUGGUUGCGAUGUCACACGGCGAAUCUGGUCUAUUGCAUUCGCACGACAGUCUGUAUCCAGUCGAUGCAUUGUGGGCUCCCUUCACAGCCGAUCGAUGCUCCAGCCUGGCUGGGAAACCCAAGUUGUUCUUCAUUCAGGCGUGCCGAGGGACGCGACUGGACAAAGGGGUGAAAAUUAUUCAUGAGACAGAUAGCAAGAGGACUACGUACAGCAUCCCCGCCUAUGCAGAUAUUAUGGUCGCGUACUCUACUUACGACGGUUUUUACUCGUGGCGCAAUCCGAACGCGGGCUCCUGGUUCAUACAGGCGCUCUGUGAGGAACUGGACCUUCAUGGACGUAGCCGCGAUCUACUCAGCCUAAUGACCUUCGUGAACCGCCGAGUCGCCAUUGAAUAUCAGUCGUACGUGCCAGAAAACGAGAGGUACCACGCAAAGAAGCAGAUCCCGUCGGUCGUCUCGAUGCUGACUCGCCUCGUUUAUUUCCCGGACAAGCGUGUACCGGACGACCUCGACGAAUCGAAGGGAUCGUUGGAGGAAUCGAAGAAAAGGAGUCCCAUAGGAAUGUCACGUAGAUCAGAGUCAUCGUGCGGUGUCGUUCAUCUGUUUUAUCCUUCUAUAAAUAAUGAUGAAUACUCAGUCAAAAGUCGACAGAUUGAUCCGAGUUGUCGAGCCACUUUGACAUAUCGCAUUCUGGCAAAGGAUUAUCAAUCACGCCGCGACCCGACUCGUCACGGUCGAGUCUCGUCACUGGAUAUAUCGAGAUUUUCAAAUGAUAGAAUAUAAAAAGAAUAGAAAGAGGAGAGAGGAAUGUAUAUAGAAACAAUUGUUAUUUAGACGAAAAAUUUCGGAACAGACGUUUCUGUCUUCUCGUGCAGUAGUUUGCACUUACAAUUGCACAUUACGGCACGAUCGGACUUAAUCGGAUAUCUUUAAUUGAUAUUACCGCUUGGGAAAACUGAGAUUUAAUUGUGUCGAUAUUUUUCCGGCCGAACAAGACGCGAAAAGUGUAUUAUCAGCAUGUUCCCCGUUUGUUGUAACUGAUUCCGUUAUACCGAGAAAAAGAAGAAAAUAGCGGAUUGUAGGAUUUACCAGAAACAGACUGCGGGAUUACUUAAUACCUAUAAUUAUGCUUAUCCCAGUGUCCAUUUGUCGUACAAAUGAGUCCGUAAAUAAAUUAUGGAACACCGCGGAAGGUAACGCUCCGUAAUGCUCGGCAAAGUGAAAUGAAUUGCCGGCGCACAUUAAGCAAUAUACCCCACAAAUUAUUAUAUUAUAAUUACGUUCACUAUAUAUUAAUCUCAAUUAGUAUGCUAAUUAUGUGCGGGCUCUCGUGGCGCGACAUGAAGAUUGUUAUAUCAUAAUGAUAAUAUAGGAAUGAAUCCUUUUUCAACCGAUUGACGGUCAAUAUUGUCUAAAUUCUAAGAGUUUUUUCUACUGCAGCAGAUUACAUACGCGAUAGGGCAUCUCGGAAGCACUUCGAACGUAACAAACGCGGUGCAGGAAACCAUAAGCGUCCGUUUGCGUGAAAUCAGCGAGAAUUAAUUCUGUCCUUAAGUAUAAUACCAUCGGCGCGAGAUAUAACGAAGAAGAUCGUAGGUUCUAUCGCACAAUCUAACGCAAUGCGUGUAAUUGUGUGGCCCUAUUCAGCGUCAGAUUAGAUAUCAGCGUGCGGUCAAAGGAGCCACGCCGUGUAGAUGAGGCUACUAACGUUUGUCUUGGAAGACGCGAAGUGGGAUCCGCGAAUUAUGCCGUUAACUAGAUGCUAUCGCGAAUUGUAAUCUCCCUCGUACAGAAUAGAUCAGUUACUGUGUACGAUAAUACAGACAGCGCCUGUAUUCGCGUGCCAGAAAUCUCGGCAUCGCUUAAUCGCGAUUGUUACAUCGUGUUAUAUGGCGCGGCGUUGCGCGGGCGGUAAGUUGCUCUGCUUUCUCGAGGUGAAUCAAAAUUAAUGGCAAUAACGUUAACAAUGAGUAUUGUAACAAAAUAGUCAUGUACCGCAUGUGGCGCGCUUGAAUGAAAUCUAUUCACUUGUGGACUCUAUUAUUUCCCUAGAUCAUAUUUCAAACCAAACUCGUAUAAUGGUAUUGUAUUGUUUGUUUUUUAAAUACAGAAGAAUUAUUUUUAAAAUAAUGCUACAAUUGGUGCAUUGCGUUGGUUUAUUUCUGCUUAAUGAAUUUGAAACAGUUUAUUUAGAUUAUAAAUAAUGUGAAACCCAUAUAAAAAAUCACGCGGUAUUUUCAGUAUAUUUUUUAGUAUAUUUUUAAAUAAAACAGAUUUAGCUCUAGUUGGUAGCAUCAUGAACGCACGCGAAGAAAAAAGAGAAUGAAAAUAAAAUAAAACAAUGUGAGAAAAUAGAAUUGUAUUCUCUUGCACGGCAAAAUAAAAUCCUAUUUGUAGAUAAAACCACUAGAAUUGUAUAAAAUUAUGAAAGAUUUUAUGUAAUUCCGAAUCAAUGAGUGAUGCUAGUUGGUAGGAGUAAUCCAUGCUUUAAAUAAAAAAAUACAGUAAAAA